UCCAAUUAGAAUUUUUUCGCAUGCCAGCUGAUUCGAAAUUAUAAUGCCUCGAUAGUUAAUUUGACGGAUGUUUACCCCUACAACUUGAAGCGAAUAAUUCGCUAAAAUUCACCAUUUUAGCCGAACCUAGUCAAUAUAAAUCGAUGAUGGGCCCGCUUUCUGUGUACGGCUUAGUUUCUCUCGAAUCACCAUGAUUACUACAUUUGUUCUAUCACUUUUACCGUUGGUAGUUCUGGCUAAUUACGAAGAGUGCAUCUCUGUGACCCCUGGCACAAAAAUGGAUCAAUGCUGUUUGGUUCCGUCCGGAUUACCUAAGGAAGUGUUGGAGGACUGCUUAGAGACAGCUGCAAUGAACCAGGUUCCAAACAGAGAGGCUCGCAAUUCUAUAAUCUGCGGCUAUGAGUGUUUCAUGAGAAAGAUCGGCGUUGUCGUUAAUCAAACUAUUUACAUUGACAAAGUCGAAGAGUACAUGGCGAAGCUGGAACCAAUUGCCAGAGACUCAAGAAUUGCCGCUUGGAAAAUUUGCUUUGUUAAUAGGCUGAACCUUGUUGCUAAAGCAAAAAUGCACCCAUUUCUGUGUUAUCCGUUUGCGUAUGCAGUACACUACUGUGUCAGAGCAAUGGUUGAUCAAAACUGUCCCCCCGAAUAUUUCAAUGAUACUGAAAUGUGUCGCAAAAUACGUGCCGGUGUACCAUUUUGCAAGUCACCUGAAUAAAACCUGAAUCAAUAACACAGUGCAACACUAGAAGUGGAAACGACUUCUCAUUUCGUUUGUAUUGAAGUACACAAGGAAAUA